AUGGGGAAGCUGCACCUGAAAAGGAAUGUUAAUCAUCAGGAGGUUGUGGAAGAAGAUAAAAGGCUCAAGCUGCCAGCAAACUGGGAGGCUAAGAAGGCUCGUUUGGAAUGGGAACUUCAAGUUGAAGAAAAGAAGAAGGAAUGUGUUGCAAGGGGGGAAGACUAUGAACGAGCGAAGCUACUGGAGAUCAGUGCGGAAGAUGCAGAAAGGUGGGAGAGAAAGAAGAAGAGGAAAAACCCAGAUCUGGGGUUUUCAGACUAUGCAGCUGCUCAGUUGCGCCAGUAUCAUCGGUUGACCAAGCAGAUCAAACCUGAUAUGGAAACAUAUGAAAAACUGAGAGAGAAACAUGGAGAAGAAUUCUACCCAACAUCCAAUAGUCUUCUUCAUGGAACACAUGUACCUUCUACAGAGGAAAUUGAUAGGAUGGUUAUAGAUCUAGAAAAACAAAUUGAGAAACGAGAAAAAUACAGUCGGAGGUGUCCUUAUAAUGAUGAUUCUGAUAUUGACUACAUUAAUGAAAGAAAUGCCAAAUUCAACAAGAAAGCAGAGAGAUUCUAUGGGAAAUACACAGCUGAAAUCAAACAGAAUUUGGAGAGAGGAACGGCUGUCUAAACUUCAGGAAAUGUUGGACAUGGUAGU